GAACGUAACUUAAUUAGAUCAAAAGAACGUCCAUGAUGAUUCAUUUAGUGACAUUUCAAAAAUCAAAAAGUUACUAGAAAAAUCGGCUUCUUGUCCUGCUUGUCAUCGUUCUCGAACGGCAAAUGGCAUGGCAGAUUACAAUGGCAGCGAGCAGUGGCGGAGUAGAUUGGACGACUGUCUUAAAACCAUUUUUAUCGAAAAAUUAUGAGAGUUCUAACCCAGCAGAAGUGAUAGAAUUAUGUUCAGCUAUUGUUAAAAGCGAAUCUGAGAUUUUGCGCCACAAGGAAAGUAAUAAAAAUUUCUUUAAUUCAUUUGCUGUUUUAGCUGCUGAUUAUAUUAGCAGCAGUACAAGUGGAUUGCCAGCGAGUCAGCUAGAGACAGUAAAUGCCGCAUGUAGAGUUCUACUAAAAUAUUUGUUAAGUGCCCUAAAUUCAGCCAGUAGCGAAGGGAAUUUAAAUAGUGCCCAAAUUGAACGAUAUAUAAAUGCCAUUCGGGUAUUGUGUAUAGGUACAGGACUGCUCUCCACUUCGGAGGUUACUGUCCUCGUUGACAGCAUGAAGGGUGAAAAUUUACCCCAGCAGAAUCCAGUGCCUUCAGGCAAUGAGAAAGAUGCAAGUAAUAAACAGGAAUCCCCUAAAAAUCGAUCUGACUUGUCAGUCAGCAUUUAUGAACAGUUAACCCUACCCUUAAGAGAUGGAAGAACCACAACAUUGGACGUUGGAGCAAGUGGUUCAUCAACAUUACCAGACUUAACCCCUGGCAGUGAUCCUUCAUUAGAAAUAAAUAGAUUAUUUUUAAAAUCCAACCAAGAAAGUUUGCAAGCUCUAAGAGCUGGUGACGCCUUGGUGGAUUUGUGCCUUAGUUUACCUUCAAUAAAAAGAGCUAAGGGUAAAGUGGAAGAUGCUUUAGCUGGUAAACCGUUUUGUAUACCUACCAAUCAUGCUGAAGCUACAGCUCUUAGAAAUACGCUGUCAUCGACUUUAUCAGAAAUUACCCUAGCAAUGUCGGCAAUCAACCUACCCGUUUUAGAACCUUUAACACCAAGCAAAUUAGACAAAUUAUGUAGUCUUGCAAUGGCUGUCUUGCAUUGUGCUUUAAGCCAAGCUGCAGCAGCUGCGGUCUUAUCCAUGAGUUCAGUAGUGUCACCAAAAUGUUCAAAUCAACAGUCACAAGCCGGUUUGAAAGAAGAUGAUUUAGAUUCUAAUGCAGUUGCACUUGUAGAAGAAACAUUAAAUAUGUACAAUUAUAUAGGAAAUGUCAUUAAAACGUCCACACGAGCUGGAGGUCAUGUUUAUCAAAACUACUUACUAGCUGGAGCAUGGGUCCUUUUCUCUGGCCUUCAGACUCAUCUUAAUUCUAGUACAACUUCAGAAAAAACUCCUCACCUUAGAGAAAGAGACGAAAAGGGAAGAAGUCCUUGUAAAUCAAGAGAGGGUAAUUCUGCUCGCUCUGGUUUACAAAAGUUUCAACAGUCUUUUGGAGUUCUUUCUGUAGCUCUGGCUUCAAGAGCUUUAAGUUUGUUAUCCGAAUUAUUUGAUGAUUUAUAUUUGGAAGUUUGUGGAGGUGCAGCUAGCAUUGUACAGGUAGAGCCUGCUCCUUUGGCAAUAAUGGGACAAUUCACAGCAUUGCAGAGAAUUUCGAGGAUACUGAAUGCAGCACCCUUAAAUCAUUUAUUAUUUUACCUAGCAAUUGUAAGUUACAGAAAAGCAUGUACAUUGAAAAGACUCCAUCCACCAGAGGGGGACACUUUCAGUCAGUCAGACUCUACCACAUAUUAUGAAGAUAUGAUAAUGUGUUCAGAUGAUAGUUCUACUGAUGAUGAUGAAGACAGUGAACCAAUUCUGGGCCAAUGGUUCGAAGAAACACUUGCCCCACCAGAAACCACCGAUACCAAGUCGCCAUCCUCUUCUGAAAACGUUGAAGCAAAAUCAGUCCAAAAUGACAGGUCUAGAUCAAUGGUACCGGAAAAAGGAGAAGCACAUGGCUUCAUAGCACUAUCCACUAGUGUUUUCAUCUUCAUGAAUAAACAUUUUUUAUGUACAAAAAGUACAUUUGUCUCUAGAUAUGUCAAAAAUGGACUGACUGAGCAACAAAUGAUCAUUUUAGCUGCUAUUAUCAGAGAUUUGGAUAGGGAAACAGCUAGGACUGAAAUAGGCACUAUUUCAGUAUAUUUUGGCCAAGCCUUGGGUCAACUAUACUGCGAAUUUUCUGGAGCUCUAACACGAUUUGCUCAUAAUUUAGUAACAAAUAACAACUUGAGUAACUUACAAGCCUGUCUCUUAAAUCACCUAGGAGUAUCGCCUUGGAAUACUGAUGUGCCUCAUGCAUGGCCUUUACAAGUUUAUCCGAGGACCUUAGCCGUCUUGGCACAGGUUUUGCUCUUAAGGCCCCAAAACGAGAAAGAAGCAUCAGUAAUUAGCAUUUGGCAUCGACUAGUCAAUACAUUAAUUGAAAAUGUACUCAACAAUGCACAUUCUGUUGUUGAAUCUGAAAAUGAAGAUUUAAAUGUAGAACAUGCACAAGUUUUACUCUACUUAUUCCAUUCUCUCAACUUAAUGCAGAAGAAAUCAGUAGUUCUGCUAAUGGCCGGAGGAGUUUUGAGAUGUUCUGAAAUAGCCAGAGGCCCUUUGAAAGAUUCGCAAUUAUUACAUCUUUCUAGAUUAUUGUUACUCUUUGAUUAUAUCAUGAAGCACUUGUAUGAUCCACCUACAUCUUUAUUAGAACAGAUCCAGUGGAAUCUGUUUUUCUUAACAAAUCUAAACGCAGACAAAGAAAAAGAUAAUAGCAUGACCCGAAUGUACACAGCUUGGCAAGAUAUUGAAGGCAACUAUCGCAAAAUAUCAGCAGUCGAUGAAUUUACCAUGAAACCCCGUUUCUAUGUCCUAACAAAUUUGGAAGUUAAUAACCAAGACGCUCCGAAACUAGAUGGAUUAGCAUGUAAUUUCAUAUUGGGCACUCCAGAUAAACUUAGAUAUCCAUUACUGUUGGAUGCUCUGAUUGAAAUUUUAAAUGUUACUCAUAUUACCUCUGGGGCUAAUGCUUCCAAAAUGAGCUUUUUAGGUCUUUGUGCUACUCAGUAUUGUUUUACAAUUUGUUGGAAGUUGUUACAACUACUUCCCCCUUCAGCGUCUUACAUGGAACGUCUGGCAGCAGGUGAAAAUCUAACAGCUGGACCACUUUUAUUGCAUUCCUUAGUUUGGGGACCCAGAGCCUCUCACAAAAAUUUUAGUAGAUGGUUGAAAGAUUGUCUAGUAAAACAAGGAAUGUAUACACAACAUACUGAUAAGUUACUAAAGGAGGUUUCUGAAGCCGUAAAUAAUAUUAAAUAUGAUAUCGCAAAUGCUAAGAAUUGUAUAAUAUCUCUUACACCAGAUGUUAAGAAAGAUUUAGUGACCAAAGAAAAUCUUCCACCACUUUGGCACCUAUUCUUGUUAGACGCCCUUAUGACCAAGGUUCAGGUAGGCUUGGAGGAACCGGAGAGUACCUCAGAAUCAUCAUCUAUUACUGUUUCCGAUGGUACUUAUGUUCAAGAUUUACUUCCACAUGUCUUAAGACUAACCCAAGCUGUUUUACAUUGCACUAGAUGGUCUUUGUUGCACACUAUUUCUGAACAAAACCCAUCUUCGGAUAAAUUAUCAUUACAAAACUUUGAAGGCUUACAGGAUGUAUUGGCCAUUUCAUCAACAAAGAAUACAUUAACUAGUUCUUUGUCUUCAGAAUUGACAUCUUUGUUGCCACCUUCUGUCAGUUCCACACAACUACAGUCAUAUAAAUCUAUAUUGGAAGAUGUGUCUUUGGCUUAUCAAAAUGACAUAAUACCUUCAGAAAGUGCUAUUCUUAAAGUUGUUGAUGCUCACAUAGCAACUCUUUCUAUGAGCAGCCCAUACAGCAUUAACUUGUCUUUAAGACGCCUUCUUCAGUGUCUCACAAAAUUCAUUUGUGAUCAUGCUCCAAAAACAGAAAAUACAGACACCAAAAAUAAAGCCAUAGAGCUUCUUGUCUCUAUAACAUUAGAUUUGAGAACUGAAUUCCUUUAUGAUACUGUUACAAAAACUUUAGAUAAAAUGAUUGGAGAUACUGAAACAGAUGAACAUCAAAAGAGAGUUUAUUUGCGAGUUUUGGAUCAUACUUAUAAGUUAAUAACAAACUAUACUUCCGGAAAUUCUGAAAAUUACAGUGUAAAUAUAGACGAAAAAAUUUUACACCACUGCUUAAAAUUCUAUGAAAAAAUAAUAGAGAAAUCAUCAGGUCGUCAAGCUUUAGAAAUAUUCUUUACAGGCGACAGAGAUCUAGUAAAGGUGUUAAUGUCUGUUUCAAGUCCUCAGAUGUCACAGCAAUAUGGAACAAGAGUUUUACAUUUCUUUAACAAACUAUUCCAAGCUGCUGAAAAGAGCUCUACUGAUCCUAGCUUAAACUAUCUCUGCUCUAGCAUGAGCAAGCUUGCUAAUGUAGAAAAUGAAAAACUACAAACAUGGUUAAGACAAAUCAUCAUAGGUACAAAUAACAUUGAACCACUAGUAACAACCACAGUUACACUUAACAAAGAUGAAAGUCCAGCAACAUCUAGCAAUGGAAAAUGGACUAUUACUGCUGUAGAAAGUAAAGAUGUUACAUCAUCACCUACCUCUAAUAACGACCAGAAAUCUUUGGUACAGGAAAAUAGUCAGCUAUUACAAGCUCUGACUAGUUUUAUUGUUAAACAGAACAGCAACGUUUCUGAGGAGGUUUCUAUAACGAUUUUAAAGGCUCUUAUUCAAUUAGGAAAACAUUUAUUGUCACCAACCCUAGAAGGCGCUGGGUUUACAGAUUUGAUGGUUGAUAUGAUAAUGUUGGCCAAUGCUGGCUCUGGAAAAGGACACAGCUUUCUUUUCCCCGCCACUGCAGAAUGGAUCGAAAUAUGUAACAAACGCACCUCAGAAAAAGAUGUUAUUGAGAAACUGACGAACGAUUUCGAUUGUUCCAAAAAAAAUGCCAUGAUGGAAGCAGCCUCAUGCAUUUUGGAUUAUGUCAGUGACGUAAUUUCCAUAAUAACUUCACAACAUCCUCAGGCAAUUAGACCUUUAAGUCCACCUUGGGAAAGUGAAUCACCACUAGAUCUAGAUUCUGAAUGGCCAGACUUUGCCAAUAAUGAUGAUGAUGACAGUGGCGAAGAUAGUGAUGAGGAUUCUUUAUGUAACAAACUGUGUACAUUUACUGUAACUCAAAAGGAGUUUAUGAACCAACAUUGGUACCAUUGUCACACUUGCAAAAUGCUAGAUGGUGUGGGAGUAUGCUCUAUUUGUGCCAGGGUCUGUCAUAAAGGACAUGAUUUAAGUUAUGCAAAAUAUGGGAAUUUCUUUUGCGAUUGUGGUGCCAAGGAAGAUGGAACCUGUCAAGCAUUAAUAAAGCGGAGUCCACAAAAUAAUGAAAUUAAUAAUGUAUCUGGAGGAGGAAGUUCCGAACAUAUUUUGACAAGUUCUUUGAGAAGAAGAACAUCAAGUCCUGUUCCUACAGAUAAGAUUGUUUACAAAGAAAGAAAAACAUCUAACACCGUCAAACAACUGGAUGGAUCCAAAGAGUUUAUUAUCAACUACCUAGGUUCCAGUUUAGUAACUGGUUCUCUUUUAGAAUUCCUUCAAUCUCUAAUCCCUGCAGUUGAAGAAAACUGUCGUAAAAACUCUUUAGUAGGCUGUCAUGUUCGAGGUGUCACAGCAUUAGACCAAUUGUAUGCCAAUGAGAAGAAAUACGUCCACACAGACCAGCUUAUGGUACCAACUUUAGGCUCACAAGAAGGAGCGUUUGAAAAUGUACGUAUGAGUUAUGCUGGUGAACAAGGACAGACUAUAAGACAACUACUAUCAGCACAUAUAAUAAGAAGAAUAGCAAUGUGUUGUAUGACGUCCACACAAGGUAGAAGGCAACAUCUAGCAGUAUCUCACGAAAAAGGAAAAAUUACUGUAUUACAGUUAUCUGCUUUAUUGAAACAAGCUGAUUCUUCAACAAGAAAAUUAACAUUAACAAGAUUAUCUACAGCUCCAAUACCUUUCACUGUACUUUCUCUAUCCAGUAAUUUAUGUAAUGAAGACUUUUUGGCUGUUUGCGGUUUGAAAGAUUGUCAUAUAUUGACAUUUACUUCAGGGGGAUCAGUUUCAGACCACUUAGUACUCCAUCCUCAGUUGGAGACUGGUAAUUUCAUCAUUAAAGCUAUCUGGUUACCAGGUUCACAAACUAAACUUGCUCUUGUAACAGCGGAUUUUGUUAAAAUCUUUGAUUUAGCUGUAGAUGCAUUGAGUCCUCAAUACUUUUUCUUAGUACCAAGUGGAAAAAUUAGAGAUUGUACUUUUAUGUAUGAAGAUGAAACCUACCACAUCCUAUUGAUGUCUUCACCUGGACAUAUCUAUACCGAAAUUUUGAAUGAAGAUUCUUCUACUAAGUAUGGGUCUUUUUAUGUUACUAAUACAUUGGAGGUAUUCCAUUUGGAAGCUGCUGAUGUCAACGGGCAAGUAGCAGGAGGUGGGGUUUCCAUCUAUUACUCCCACACUCUUGGUCUUCUAUUUUACAGCUAUGCUCAAGGCAAAAGUUUUAUAUCUCCCAUAAUGCCAAAAAGUAAUAGCCUACCAAUGGUAUUUCCCAUCAACCUGCCUCAAUCUAAUAAUAGUACCUCAAAAAGUAAUGGUUCUAAAAAUUCUUCAACCCAACCUCUCUGUCAGUGGACUGAAAUCCCUAACCACCCUGGUCUAAUUUGUUGUGCUAUGCAGUCUAACAAUAACCCAGUUAUUUUGAUGCUAAGGCCAGAUACUAUUAUGAUACAAGAAAUUAGAGUAGUACCUGCCAAAUCAAAGAUUAUGGAUAUGGUUGCAAUUAGACACAAUUCUGGAAGUGAAUUGAGAACUACUUUGAUUUUGCUGUGUGAGGAUGGCAGUCUGAAGAUGUACAUGGCUAAUAUGGAUCAGACAGGAUUUUGGAUGUCUCCCAGCAUCCAAGCUACAUUCUUAAACACCACUGUAAAACCCAAAAAGAAAAAAGUAAUAAAAACUGGCAAAACAUCCAACUCUCUAAAUUUCCCAGUGGAUUUCUUUGAGCACUGUACUGCAAUGAACGAUGUAGAACUAGGAGGAAAUGAUCUUUUGCAGAUUUAUAACCAAGCCCAAUUAAAACAUCGUCUGAAUACAACAGGACUUUAUGUGGCUUGUAAUAAACCCUUAGGAUUUUCAAUUGAUGUCACUAAUAAUGAUUCUAAUUUAGUUAUGGUGGGUUUGAGGGUACUAGUUGGUAGUCAGGAUAUGCAAAGGUGUCCAUCAUUUGUCGAGAUAUUUGGAAGAAUUAUACCCAUCACUGCAACCCGUAGUCGUUGGUAUGACAUCCCAUUCUCUAGAGAAGAAAGUUUACAAGCUGAUAAAAAAUUAACAAUUCUCUUUGGACCUUCUCAAGAUCCGGAAACUGUAACUAUGGUUGACAGUGUUAAAAUUUAUGGAAAAACAAAAGAUUCAUUUGGUUGGCCAGAGGAAUCUGAUGACAGUAUACCCUCUGGUGGCAAUAGUAGCAACCAACAAAUUGUUGCUAGUGCUGAAGGUGAACAGAAUAGUGGAAAUAAAACACAAUUGUCCAAACUGGAGAAGCUUGUUGUUGGCAUCCUAGAAUCUCUUGAUGGCAGCUUCUCCCUCCACCCAACAGAAGAUAAGUUGUCAACUUUUAAAGCUCCUACUCUUAAAGUUGCCACACAACUUUUGACUCUUCCCACUCAGCCAUCUGUACAAAUUCAUUCUAAAGCUUUAUUGUCUUCUUUACACUCAACAAAACAACUGUACCACAACUACAAAGAUCAAGCACUGCUCCAACACGUUUUAUCAAGCUUGACGGAAAUGACAAAUUCCAAUGUCAAAGAUUUAGAUACUGAGAGUUAUUAUAGAUUGGUUUUGAUCGUUAGAGGUAUUGCUGUAGCUAGACCUCAGAAUUUGGUAAAAUUUGCCGAUAGUCAUACAUCUAUACAGGAUGUUGUAUUGGAUGAUCCAUUAGAGAAUAUCUGUAAUCCAGAAAAGAAAGAACUUAAACCAGAACGUAAACAACAAAGCCAACACCUUCUUCUUCAACUAAUGGAAGUACUUUGGCUUCUUCACUCUCUCAAUCCAGAAAUACCUUCCCUAUCUCUAGUCGUAUCAAAAGGUCUUAAGCAUACUGAACAAAUCGUACAUGCCCUUGUCGAAAUAGUCCAUGCCUUCAAUAGUUGUGAUACCUAUAGCAACGUCACAAUAGCCGUUUAUCUUCAGCUACUAUUAUGCAAUGAUGCUAUAAUAGCGUUCAGCGCCAAACAAGCCUUAAGCAUAGUAUUAAAACCAAAAACAAAACGCCGUAAAGUCUUUAUACCAAGUCCGCCUCAUUGUGUGUCUCCGCCUCUUGCCAAAAAUUCGGAAUCUGAUAGGUCAAAGACUCCACCUGCUAUAACACAACAGUCCAGCCACGAGGAGGAAGUCCAUGCCAGGCAGCAAAAUCAGUUUGAUGUUGAUGCAGUGGAAUCGAUUGGAUUAUUGGAACAGCCAGGUCAACACCAAGACAAUCAUGUCAAUCCCUUAGAGGUGUUACUUGGAGGAGGAGUUGGGUUCCCUCAAUUACUAGAUAUACCCCCAGAUGCGGACGAUGAAGCUAUGGUAGAGUUAGCUAUAGCAUUAAGUUUGCAAGAGCACCAAAUUGGAGGAGAACAAAAUCAAACCCUACAGAGCUUGCAAGUUCAACUUGGUAAUGAAGUUCUUGGACAUCAAGGUCAAUCGGCUCAAGCUCAAGAAGCAGCAAAUUUCAGUGACACCACAGCUUCAGCUGCUGGUUCAGAUGAUGAGGGAUCAACGGCUGCUACAGAUGGUUCCACUUUGAGAACUUCCCCAGCUGAACAAGCAGGUUCUGAAAGUGGAGGAAGUGGUGUUGAAAGCAUAACUGGAGAACAUAAUGUGUCAGGAAGAUCUUCUGCUUAUGGAGAUAAUAUACAAGAGGCCAUCAAUCUAGUUUCUAGAUCAGAUACUAGCUCUAUUGCAAACACUGUUGGAAUGACUGAAGCUGAUGCUCCACAUGAUGAAGUUGAAAUUGAAACAGAAAAUAGUAGCAGGUUACAUGUUUUACGUUUGCAGUUGCUUGAAAAACUGGUAGAGUAUUUACCAAAAUUGAGAAAUAUAGAUGGUGUUCGAGCUAUACCGUUCCUACAGGUCGUUCUUCAACUAACUGCUGAUAUAGAUGGUCAUUGUGAACGUGAUAGAGCUUGCCUAAAUUCCUUAUUAACAACAAUUGUUACGGAAUUACAUCUAACAAAUGACAAUUUCUCCGAUAUAUGCACUAGGACUAAACAAAGAGAAGUUCAGUUAAUAUUGCUCCGGUUACUCAGCGUAUUUAUGCAAAGAUGUAAAAUAUCUUCAUCUUCGCCAACUUCUAGCAAAAAUGUUGCUUCAGACAACUCUACUUAUGUGUCUCGCACAACUGCCACUGUUUUACACAAAGCUGAUAUUAUCAAUUAUUGUAAUAAGCUUCUCCAAGCCCUUUUGUCUUAUUGGAGAACUUCUACAGAAGAAGAUGAUUCUAAUAAUAUUACUGGAAAUCUCCUGAAGGAGCGUUUACCACAUCCUCCUCCAGAUAUGACUCCUUUCUUCCAGAGACAAUUCGUUAAGGAUAAUCAGGAUGUCUUCAAUACUUAUCCACAACUUUUGACAGAGAUUGCUUUGAGAUUGCCUUAUCAAGUACACAGACAUUCUGAAGUUUCAGAACCUAUUAGUACUGCCUUUGAUGUGUCUUGGUACAACCAUCUGUGUGACUAUAUGAUGACACCACAGACACCUUUUGUAAGACGACAAGUUAGAAAACUGUUAAUGUUCAUUUGUGGCAACAAAGAAACUUAUAGACAACUGAGAGAUUUACAUGGGUUACGAAACCACAUGAAGAGAGUCAGAGAAUGUUGCACCAAAGCUGGUUACCAACCUGCUACCGAUGUUCAACAUGCUUUAAGCUUGCCAUAUGAUGCUCUUGUUGAACUAAUUGAACACCUUAAGUAUUGUGUUGAGGUUGCACAAAGUCGCACAGGCAAUUGGCAACGUUUCUGCAUAAAAGAAGAUGAUGUCAUCCAGUUUUUAAUGCGUGUGAGUUUCCUUUUAGACGAUGGGGUAGCUCCAACUGUGUUACAACUUUUGCAAAGUGCUUUGGUUGUAAAUACACCCUCUUUAAAAAAACCUGAUGGCACCAAGGCUUCAGCUUCACGGAAAGAUCGAGAAAAAUCAGAUGAUUCGGGUGUAGAAGCUGUUUUCGAAGAGUCCAAUUCUGUUACAUUAGUAGAACAGAUUACUAAACAGAUAUCUAGAGAAGUCUUUGCCAGAUUUAUAAAAACUUUCAUGUUAGAAACGAAUAUUACUUCAGUAAGAUGGCAAGCGCAUGCACUUAUUCAAGCCGUUUAUAAAAACUCUAAAUCAAAAGACCAGGAGUCUAUUUUGGAACUUUUAUGGCAAUUGUGGCCUCUAUUACCUGCCUAUGGACGAAAAGCUGCCCAAUUUGUUGACCUUUUGGGUUACUUUUCCCUCAAGUACACCGAAAAACAAGAAGGCAUUCCUUCAAUACCUGAAUAUGUUGAACGCGCUUUGAGUGUUCUCAAAGCUCAAAAUGAAAUGCUAGCACACCAUCCUAACGCUAACUUGUAUGCACAUAUGGGCCAGUUUGUGGACUUGGAUGGAUAUUAUUUGGAAUCUGAACCUUGUCUAGUUUGCAAUAAUCCCGAAGUACCAUUCUCCAUGAUAAAACUUAGCUCCAUUAAAAUAGAUUCUAAAUUCACAACUACGACUCAAAUUGUUAAGUUACUUUCUAGCCACACUAUAAGUAAAAUUACGAUACGAAUUGCCGAUUUGAAGAGAACAAAGAUGGUUCGAACUGUUAAUAUUUACUAUAAUAAUAGAUCAGUACAGGCUGUUGUAGAAUUAAAGAAUAAGCCAGCACUGUGGCAUAAAGCAAAAAAAGUGACUUUACAAAGUGGACAGACUGAAGUUAAAAUUGAAUUUCCUUUGCCUAUUGUGGCUUGUAACUUAAUGGUUGAAUAUGCUGACUUUUAUGAGAAUAUACAAGCUUCAUCUGAAACUCUUCAAUGUCCAAGGUGCAGCGCUUCAGUUCCAGCAAACCCAGGAGUCUGCGCAAACUGUGGUGAAAAUGUAUUCCAAUGUCACAAAUGUCGUGCAAUCAACUAUGACGAGAAAGAUCCUUUCUUAUGUCACGCUUGCGGUUUCUGCAAAUAUGCCAAAUUUGACUUUAGUUUAUUGGCUAAACCCUGUUGUGCUGUUGAACCAAUAGAACAUGAUGAAGAUAGAAAAAAGACAGUAUCAAGUAUCAAUUCGUUAUUGGAAAAAGCUGACAGGGUUUACAAGCAAUUGAUUGCAAAUAAACCUACAUUGGAAUCUUUAGUUUUAAAAAUCACCGAACACAGAUCUGAUAGAAAGUCUGACGAGUCUACAGUGUCUAAUAGUACAGCUAAUGCCGGAGGUACUGCUAAUUCUGGAACCGGCUCUCAACUUAAAGUUAACAAGACCAUUCAAAUGUUGGCUCAACAAUAUUGUAAUGAAUGUAAAACAUCAUUUGAGGAAUUAAGUAAGAUCAUUCAAAAAGUUCUGGUGUCCAGAAAAGAGUUAGUCGCCUAUGAUAGAAAGCACAGGGAAAUGGAACUUCCAAAAUCGACCCCUGUUCUUAGUGAUACCUUAAUCGCUGCCGCUUGCGUCAACAAUCGCUGUUAUGGUUGUUCAACCGCCGCAACUGAACACUGUCUCACUCUCUUGAGAGCUUUAGCACAUAAUCCCACUACCAGACAAGUACUUUGCGCCAAAGGCCUUAUUCAAGAACUAGUUUGGAAUAAUCUACGGAGCGGUACUGUACAUAAUCAAGAAGAGGUGAGACAACUGCUCUGUGUUUUAACAAAAGAUAACAGGGACGCCACCGAAGAACUUUGCAAUCUGCUAAUGGAAAGAAUCAGUCUAAACUUAAAUGGACAUAUUAAUUCUGCAGAUUUGGGUACUAGUGUUCGCCAUGAAAUAGCCUUAUUAGCAGCAAUGGUUCAAAAAGAAGAUGAAUGCUGGGAACUAAAAUUAAGAUGCAUGAUGGGUCUAUUUUUGAAAGCUUGUGAAGGAUCCAAAAGCCCCUUAGUGAUGGAAUCUGUCAUUUUACCUUGCUUAAAAAUUUUACAAAGCUUAAUGAAACAACCAGAUAGUGCAAAUAAGAAAAAUAAGGAUAAAUCAAACAAUUCCAGUGUUCAUAGUAUAGGUUUAGCGGGCACCACCGUUGACGUACGCAAAUUUUUAGAAAAAGAUCCUGACCACACGUUUAAUGGUUGGAAGGCUCGUUUUCCUAAAUCUACAGAGUGUCCUGCUGCUUCAAAACCAACCAGAGAAGAGAUUCGAAGACUCUACUUGUCUGAAAAAUACCUUCGCAAAUGGAAAAGAAACACUAAAAAACUUUACACUCGUGAAAAACUAAACCUGAAUGAUACUUCAUGGCUUAAGGCUGUAAUUUUUAAUUCUAGCUCGCGUUUAGCCCGACAGGUAGCAUGUAACAUUUUAGAAGCUAUGUGUAGUUCAUUUGAACGAAAACGAGAUAUUCUUGACUUAUUAACUCACUUCCUAGUUGAAUUGAGCACAGCAGGUGAAAGUGCGGCAGAAUUUCUAGCCCUCUACCAGAAUUUAAUCCAAGAAGCGCCUUGGAAACAGUACCUAACGGUCAAUGGAGUACUGUUAGUUCUAGCUCAUCUUAUUACUGUCGAAAUUGAGCAAUUGCAUCGAUUGGAAGAAACGACUUUAACCUCAGAUCUAGCUCAGGGUUAUGCCUUGAAUCAGAUCACUGAGCUCUUGGCUUCAUUUUUGGAUGAUCCUGUUAUAAGAAGACAAUACAAGGGUAGAUUGGUAGGAGCUGUUUUGAAUGGAUAUUUGUCAUUAAGAAGAUUGGUAGUUCAACGGACUAGAUUAAUUGAUGAUACGCAGGAGAAGUUGUUAGAGUUAUUGGAGGAAAUGACCUCAGGCACUGAAGAGGAAACAAAAGCUUUUAUGUCGGUUUGCAUCAAAACUGUAGAACGAUAUAGUCUUCAAGACAUACUUACCCCAGUGUUUAUUUUCGAACGUCUGUGCUCUAUUAUAUAUCCAGAAGAAAACGAUGUAGGAGAAUUUUUCUUAACAUUGGAAAAAGAUCCGCAACAAGAAGAUUUCUUACAGGGCCGCAUGUUAGGUAAUCCAUACUGCAGCUUGGAGGGUGGCUUAGGGCCUCUAAUGAGAGAUGUUAAGAAUAAAAUUUGUCAAGAUUGUGAAUUAGUAGCCCUGUUAGAAGAUGACAACGGUAUGGAAUUGUUAGUUAAUAAUAAGAUUAUGAGUUUAGAUUUACAAGUCAAGGAUGUGUAUAAAAAGAUCUGGUUAGCAGAAGGAGGAGAUCACGAACCAAUGAGAAUAGUUUAUAGGAUGAGAGGUCUUCUUGGUGACGCUACUGAGGAAUUCAUAGAAAAUCUAAGUAAUAAAUCACAAAGUGACAUUGAUAAUGAAGAAGUCUAUAAAAUGGCAAAUGUUUUGGCCGAUUGUGGAGGUCUACAGGUCAUGGUUAUUAGGUUAGGAGCGAUCCAGAGUGUUACUAGGGCCAGGCCUCUUUUACAAGUACUAUUAAAACUAUUUAGGUUAUGUGUAAAAGUAAAUCGUUGCCAAGAAGUUCUAAUUCAACCUGAAUUAAAAUCUAUGGAAGUAUUUUUACGUACCCUCCAACUUUGUCUGGAUAGCGACCGAGAUUCUAGUCAAACUGCAGUCACUGAACAACUUUUAGAUAUUAUGGAAACGAUUUUAUCUAAAGCUACCAGCGAACCAGAAGAAAAGUUUAAAGAAUUUUCCAAAACGCUCGGUAGCGCCGAAUAUGUUAAAUCCCUCCUAUCUUGUACUAAUCAACCAGUUGUUAAAUCGAAUUCUGUACUAGUCCACUUAACUCGUGUGCUGGCUGCAUUAGUAUAUGGCAACAAAGAAAAAAUGAAAAUAUUGUUAGAACAUUUCAAUCCAGUGCUGGAUUUCAUCAAAUACGAUUUAGAACAUACACCAGAUGAUCAACAAAAAUUAGAAAUGUUCUGCGUUUUGACCAACAGUAUAGAGAAGAACGCUAUAGGAAACACUUUAAAGGAUUACAUUAUUUCACUUGAUAUAGUAAAAAAUGCAUUAGAGUAUAUUAAGAUUCACGCACCUUGUGUUAAACCGACCUUGUUAAGGGUCGACAGUGAUGAAUUAAAAGAUUUUAUUUCUAAGCCAGCACUGAAAUAUAUUUUAAGAUUCCUAACUGGAUUGGCACACAGCCACGAAAAAACCCAGUUGGCAAUAGCAGCAGCAGAAACGAUACCAAUUAUCCAUAGAUUGGAACAAGUGUCUUCAGAUGAACACGUUGGAUCUUUAGCAGAAAACUUAUUAGAAGCACUUUGCACUAAUCCAGAAGUAGCCAAGCAAAUAGACGCUGUUAGAGACUUCACUAGAUCUGAGAAGAAACGUCUUGCCAUGGCUAUGAGGGAAAAACAACUCGGACAAUUAGGAAUGAGAACUAAUGACAAAGGCCAAGUAACAGCUAAAUCGAAUAUUCUUCAACAAAUCGAGGAAUUGGGAGACGAAUCUGGUUUAGUAUGUUGCAUCUGCCGUGAAGGAUACAAAUAUCAACCCACUAAAGUAUUAGGUCUAUAUACGUUUACGAAAAGAUGUAAUGUGGAUGAAUUUGAAUCGAAACCUAGAAAAACCAUUGGAUAUACUACUGUUAGUCAUUUUAAUAUUGUGCACAUAGACUGUCAUAUGAGUGCUGUAAGAUUGGCAAGAGCAAGAGAUGAAUGGGAAUCCGCGGCCUUGCAAAACGCAAACACAAAAUGUAAUGGUCUUUUACCUUUAUGGGGACCUCAAGUACCGGAAUCAGCUUUUGCUAGUUGCUUAGCACGCCACAAUACAUAUUUACAAGAGAGCACCAAUCAUAGGGACAUUGGUCAUAGUUCCACAAUUCACGAUUUGAAAAUUUUGUUAUUGAAAUUCGCGCACGAAAAAUCCUUCCAUGAAGACACUGGUGGAGGUGGGCCACAAAGUAACAUGCACCUUAUACCUUAUCUUAUACAUGUAGCUUUAUAUGUGAUAAAUACGACAAGAGUAAACAAACGCGAAGAAGGCAGUUUAGUAUCAUACUUAGAAACCUCAAAUACAGAAAAAUGGAUAGAAUCAGCUUAUGAAGCCGAGGGUCCACUCUACUGGUCGACCAUGUCUAUUUUGCUGCAUUCAUACCAGCAGUGGCAAGAGCACAGGUUUUCUCAUCUCCGUAGGCUGUUAAUACUAGCACAUACCCGGCAUUGUCACUCUUCUGGACCGGUUAAGAGUUUGUCAGACAAACUAGCCAAAGAUUAUAUAGUUUAUAAGCCUUACUUGAUUUUCUUUGGUUUGAUAGAUGGAAUUUAUAAUUAUCUCUUUAAGAAUGUCGGUGGUACUGAUGAACAAUGGUCAAAUAAUUUAGCAGACUACAUACGCCAUAACGAUGAAGCUUUAAUGAAAUCUUCUGAGAAGUUGUUGGCUGCUUAUACGGAAGAAUUUUUACCUUGUACUUCCUUUACUGAAUUCUGUGAUGUAACAGGUUUGCUAGAUGUUAUACUCAGUCCUGAAACGUAUAUUAGUGACCUGUUGAAUGGAAUAUCUUAAUGUAAAAAUUUUCCGAAUUUUAACUGUAAACAAAGGCUGUACACUGUUUUUACUAAUUGCUUGCUGCUAGGUUAUAACCUAAAUGUAGAAUAUAUUUGCUUGUUACUGGAGUUUUAGAAAAUACUAAAUUAUUGUAACUAUUAUGGAUUUAAUUAUAUUAUUUGAAUUAAUUGUAGUUAUUAUUAAAAUGUUAAAAUACAAAGUCCUGUUCUCCAGUUAAAUAGAAAAAUGUCAAAAGUUGGUAUUAAAAUAAAUG